GCGUACAAGUUCCACCGGUUGGUUUAGCUGGAUGCGAAGCUGGUGGACAUGGUGCCCCACCUCACAGGGGGCCCUGCAGAAUGCAGAGGCAAGGAUACUAAGUUUUAUAAAGACAAAGUUUGAAGACACAACUGUACAGAUAUCAAAUAACAACAAAAUUAACACAGUAUGCAUAAAUACAGAAAUGGGGAAAAGACAUAUACCUCUAGUGAUGAUGCAUGGAUUUGGUUCAGGAAUUGCAUUGUGGGUACGGAACCUAGACAGCUUGUCAAAGUCAAGGCCACUUUAUUGUUUUGAUUUAUUAGGAUUUGGACGAAGUUCUAGACCAAGGUUAAGCAAUAAAGCGGAGAUAGUCGAGGCUCAGUUUGUCGAAUCUGUUGAAGAGUGGAGAAAAGCAGUUGGCCUAAACAGUUUCAUAUUACUUGGCCAUAGCCUCGGUGGUUAUUUAGCAGCAGCAUAUGCAUUAAGAUAUCCAAGUCGAGUGAAGCAGCUAAUCCUAGCUGAUCCGUGGGGUUUUCCUCAACGACCAACCACCAGCGAUUUGAGCAGACGACCACGGGUGCCUGUGUGGAUCCGAGCCAUCGUGUUCCUCAUGCAACCGUUUAACCCUCUAGCUAUCCUCCGGGCAGCAGGACCAUGGGGUAUGCCUGCGCAUGCUUUUGUUUCAGUAUUAGUUUGAGUUCUCGUCAUUUACCAUUUUUAGUCGUUUAUCUGUUUAGAACUCAUGCCAAAAGCUACCGCUCACUGU